AUGUUCUUGGUUGGUGGUCUUCAUUCAGAGUCGGUGGUCUUUGGUCUGAGUCCUCUGUUCUUGGUCCAGGUGGGCCUAUUUUGGCUGGAGGUCUUUGUUCUGGGUGGUCCUCGGUCUGGGUCGGUGGUCUUCUUGUCUGUGUUGGAGGUCCUCGGUCUGGGUCGGCCAUCUUUGGUGUGGGUUGGAGGUCCUCGGUCUGGGUCGGUGGUCUUCUGUCUGUGUUGGAGGUCCUCGGUCUGGGUCGGUGGUCUUCUGUCUGUGUUGGAGGUCCUCGGUCUGGGUCGGUGGUCUUCUGUCUGUGUUGGAGGUCCUCGGUCUGGGUCGGUGGUCUUCUGUCUGUGUUGGAGGUCCUCGGUCUGGGUCGGUGGUCUUCUGUCUGUGUUGGAGGUCCUCGGUCUGGGUCGGUGGUCUUCUGUCUGUGUUGGAGGUCCUCGGUCUGGGUCGGUGGUCUUCUUGUCUGUGUUGGAGGUCCUCGGUCUGGGUCGGUGGUCUUCUGUCUGUGUUGGAGGUCCUCGGUCUGGGUCGGUGGUCUUCUGUCUGUGUUGGAGGUCCUCGGUCUGGGUCGGUGGUCUUCUGUCUGUGUUGGAGGUCCUCGGUCUGGGUCGGUGGUCUUCUUGUCUGUGUUGGAGGUCCUCGGUCUGGGUCGGUGGUCUUCUGUCUGUGUUGGAGGUCCUCGGUCUGGGUCGGUGGUCUUCUGUCUGUGUUGGAGGUCCUCGGUCUGGGUCGGUGGUCUUCUGUCUGUGUUGGAGGUCCUCGGUCUGGGUCGGUGGUCUUCUGUCUGUGUUGGAGGUCCUCGGUCUGGGUCGGUGGUCUUCUUGUCUGUGUUGGAGGUCCUCGGUCUGGGUCGGUGGUCUUCUGUCUGUGUUGGAGGUCCUCGGUCUGGGUCGGUGGUCUUCUGUCUGUGUUGGAGGUCCUCGGUCUGGGUCGGUGGUCUUCUGUCUGUGUUGGAGGUCCUCGGUCUGGGUCGGUGGUCUUCUGUCUGUGUUGGAGGUCCUCGGUCUGGGUCGGUGGUCUUCUUGUCUGUGUUGGAGGUCCUCGGUCUGGGUCGGUGGUCUUCUGUCUGUGUUGGAGGUCCUCGGUCUGGGUCGGUGGUCUUCUGUCUGUGUUGGAGGUCCUCGGUCUGGGUCGGUGGUCUUCUGUCUGUGUUGGAGGUCCUCGGUCUGGGUCGGUGGUCUUCUGUCUGUGUUGGAGGUCCUCGGUCUGGGUCGGUGGUCUUCUGUCUGUGUUGGAGGUCCUCGGUCUGGGUCGGUGGUCUUCUUGUCUGUGUUGGAGGUCCUCGGUCUGGGUCGGCCAUCUUUGGUGUGGGUUGGAGGUCCUCGGUCUGGGUCGGUGGUCUUCUGUCUGUGUUGGAGGUCCUCGGUCUGGGUCGGUGGUCUUCUGUCUGUGUUGGAGGUCCUCGGUCUGGGUCGGUGGUCUUCUGUCUGUGUUGGAGGUCCUCGGUCUGGGUCGGUGGUCUUCUGUCUGUGUUGGAGGUCCUCGGUCUGGGUCGGUGGUCUUCUGUCUGUGUUGGAGGUCCUCGGUCUGGGUCGGUGGUCUUCUGUCUGUGUUGGAGGUCCUCGGUCUGGGUCGGUGGUCUUCUUGUCUGUGUUGGAGGUCCUCGGUCUGGGUCGGUGGUCUUCUGUCUGUGUUGGAGGUCCUCGGUCUGGGUCGGUGGUCUUCUGUCUGUGUUGGAGGUCCUCGGUCUGGGUCGGUGGUCUUCUGUCUGUGUUGGAGGUCCUCGGUCUGGGUCGGUGGUCUUCUGUCUGUGUUGGAGGUCCUCGGUCUGGGUCGGUGGUCUUCUUGUCUGUGUUGGAGGUCCUCGGUCUGGGUCGGUGGUCUUCUGUCUGUGUUGGAGGUCCUCGGUCUGGGUCGGUGGUCUUCUGUCUGUGUUGGAGGUCCUCGGUCUGGGUCGGUGGUCUUCUGUCUGUGUUGGAGGUCCUCGGUCUGGGUCGGUGGUCUUCUGUCUGUGUUGGAGGUCCUCGGUCUGGGUCGGUGGUCUUCUUGUCUGUGUUGGAGGUCCUCGGUCUGGGUCGGUGGUCUUCUGUCUGUGUUGGAGGUCCUCGGUCUGGGUCGGUGGUCUUCUGUCUGUGUUGGAGGUCCUCGGUCUUGGUCGGUGGUCUUCUGUCUGUGUUGGAGGUCCUCGGUCUGGGUCGGUGGUCUUCUUGUCUGUGUUGGAGGUCCUCGGUCUGGGUCGGUGGUCUUCUGUCUGUGUUGGAGGUCCUCGGUCUGGGUCGGUUGUCUUCUGUCUGUGUUGGAGGUCCUCGGUCUGGGUCGGUGGUCUUCUGUCUGUGUUGGAGGUCCUCGGUCUGGGUCGGUGGUCUUCUUGUCUGUGUUGGAGGUCCUCGGUCUGGGUCGGUGGUCUUCUGUCUGUGUUGGAGGUCCUCGGUCUGGGUCGGUGGUCUUCUGUCUGUGUUGGAGGUCCUCGGUCUGGUUCGGUGGUCUUCUGUCUGUGUUGGAGGUCCUCGGUCUGGGUCAGUGGUCUUCUUGUCUGUGUUGGAGGUCCUCGGUCUGGGUCGGUGGUCUUCUUGUCUGUGUUGGAGGUCCUCGGUCUGGGUCAGUGGUCUUCUUGUCUGUGUUGGAGGUCAUCGGUCUGGGUCGGCCAUCUUUGGUGUGGGUUGGAGGUCCUCGGUCUGGGUCGGUGGUCUUCUGUCUGUGUUGGAGGUCCUCGGUCUGGGUCGAUGGUCUUCUUGUCUGUGUUGGAGGUCCUCGGUCUGGGUCGGCCUUCUUUGGUGUGGGUUGGAGGUCCUCGGUCUGGGUCGGUGGUCUUCUGUCUGUGUUGGAGGUCCUCGGUCUGGGUCGGUGGUCUUCUGUCUGUGUUGGAGGUCCUCGGUCUGGGUCGGUGGUCUUCUGUCUGUGUUGGAGGUCCUCGGUCUGGGUCGGUGGUCUUCUGUCUGUGUUGGAGGUCCUCGGUCUGGGUCGGUGGUCUUCUUGUCUGUGUUGGAGGUCCUCGGUCUGGGUCGGUGGUCUUCUGUCUGUGUUGGAGGUCCUCGGUCUGGGUCGGUGGUCUUCUGUCUGUGUUGGAGGUCCUCGGUCUGGGUCGGUGGUCUUCUGUCUGUGUUGGAGGUCCUCGGUCUGGGUCGGUGGUCUUCUGUCUGUGUUGGAGGUCCUCGGUCUGGGUCGGUGGUCUUCUUGUCUGUGUUGGAGGUCCUCGGUCUGGGUCGGUGGUCUUCUGUCUGUGUUGGAGGUCCUCGGUCUGGGUCGGUGGUCUUCUGUCUGUGUUGGAGGUCCUCGGUCUGGGUCGGUGGUCUUCUGUCUGUGUUGGAGGUCCUCGGUCUGGGUCGGUGGUCUUCUGUCUGUGUUGGAGGUCCUCGGUCUGGGUCGGUGGUCUUCUUGUCUGUGUUGGAGGUCCUCGGUCUGGGUCGGUGGUCUUCUGUCUGUGUUGGAGGUCCUCGGUCUGGGUCGGUGGUCUUCUUGUCUGUGUUGGAGGUCCUCGGUCUGGGUCGGUGGUCUUCUGUCUGUGUUGGAGGUCCUCGGUCUGGGUCGGUGGUCUUCUGUCUGUGUUGGAGGUCCUCGGUCUGGGUCGGUGGUCUUCUGUCUGUGUUGGAGGUCCUCGGUCUGGUUCGGUGGUCUUCUGUCUGUGUUGGAGGUCCUCGGUCUGGGUCGGUGGUCUUCUUGUCUGUGUUGGAGGUCCUCGGUCUGGGUCGGUGGUCUUCUGUCUGUGUUGGAGGUCCUCGGUCUGGGUCGGUGGUCUUCUGUCUGUGUUGGAGGUCCUCGGUCUGGUUCGGUGGUCUUCUGUCUGUGUUGGAGGUCCUCGGUCUGGGUCGGCCAUCUUUGGUGUGGGUUGGUGGUCCAAUGAGGUCAUUGUUCAAAGGUAUCAGUCAGGAAAAGGAUCAGAUUAAAUGGCAGCAUGAGGAGCCGGUCGAUGAGGAACGAUGCAGAUGCUACACAGACCACCCGUUCCUCUAA